UACAGCACGCCUUAUUGGUCACAUUGGCAUGGCAGUUGGAUUCCGAGUGAAUAAUUCACCAAUUACGAAAGGCAAGGGCAUUACAAAGGGGUCGUGGUCAAGUGAUAUGGAGGUGGAUGGACGCUAUAAGGGAACCGUGACUGAAAACAAAGCGGUGGAAAAUGCAACAUCAUCCCAUCCUCGGCGCCGCCGAUUGCUUUUGUCGACGGAUAGCGCUUUCGCCGACAUUGUCCUCCCGUCCCUCGUUCAGAACCCAUACAUCGAGCUGCGACUGAUCACAGACGAACCAUCGGCUUUGCUCACGGGCACCAACAAGAUCCCGCACUACAUGGAUAUGGUCGACAGUCAAACAUUCGAUAAGAAAACCGGCGCGCGGAAGUGGCUCAAGGCGAAGACGGCGGAGCUGUGCGAAUGGGCGGAUAUGCUCUUGGUUGCGCCCAUCGAUGCUGGAGCUCUGGGCGCGAUGCUGGCUGGCUUGACUAAUACCCUGACGUUGGCGCUCCUUCGUGGCUGGGUCUUGAAGAAACCCGUGAUCCUCAUUCCAGGAAUGACGGUGUCAGAAUGGGACCACCCGCUCAGCAGUCGCCAAAUCGACGAAAUCAGUCGUUUUUGGCCUUGGAUUCGCACUAUCAAGCCUGUGCUCUGGAAGUCAAACGGGCCCGAAGACCUGACAAUUCUGCCAUGGGACGGCCUAAAGGAGUUACAACAAACACUAGAGACAACACUAAAACUACCGCCGUGGGAAGCUACCCUUUUGACCAGAGCAAUCCCGCAUGGUGCAGCGGUCCCGGCUAAGGCUGCAAAAUCUAUAUCUGGAGGUGCUACCGGCUCCACGCCACAAACAGAACAUUCGGGGAAGGCCGAUUUCUUACCACUGGAAAUCUGGCUAAAUGUCUUUGAGGAUCAACUGCAGGACUGGGAAACAGCGAAAGCCGUGGGCAUUCCAACUCAUCUUCCUGUUCCCCAAGAAUGGCAGAGCCAUCUACCCAAAAUGUCCACUACGGCCACACUCGAAUAUACUAUCUUGCGAGGAUCCUUCGCUGCGAUCAAAAAGCGCAUUGAUGCGCUGCCUCGCUGGAAACCGCUCUCCGACCUCGCUUGCCACCUCAUCGUCAAAUUCUCCCGCACCGACAUCCUUUCCUAUCUCACUGAAAACCACCUGGACCUUCUCUGGACAACCUCCCGACUCACAAAUAUUCCUUACCGGGCAUCCGCAAUCUACGGCAACCCGAACAUACUGACAUGGUGGCGUGAUGCGCCAGCUCUCCCCAACAAAGAGUACAUGGCCGACGCCAUGGACGGCGCCUCACGAGCAGGAUUUAUCGACGUCCUGGAUUGGUGGCUACACUCAGGGCUUCCGCUACGAUACAGCGAACGUGCUCUCGAAGCUGCCAGCGCCGAAGGUCGAGUCCCCGUACUUGACUGGUGGAAAGCCGCCUCCGCCAACGCCCCACUAUCCAACCCCUUACCUCUCAAAGUCGGCAAAUCCGUCCUACUCGCAGCGCAGUCGGGCCGCAUCGCAUCUAUUGCUUGGUGGGACGCGUCGGGGAUUCCUUACAGCCACACCGAGAACAUUGCGCGCAUCGCGAGCACGCACGGUCAUGUUCAUGUCCUCGAGUUCUGGUAUAAACUCAAGGGCCCAAAGAUGAUCUUUGAUAACCAGGUGCUUGUGGGCCCCACGAAGAAUGGCCAUGACAACGUUCUGCAGUGGUGGAAAGACUGCGGUAUGCGGGUUGAAUUCAAAACUUGUGACAUUGAAGAAGCGCUUGAGGAUGCAGAUCCGAGCUCUGGCGCUGAGGGUCGUGUUCGGCGUUGGUGGGAGCGGAACGGGCUGAACCUUGGAGUUGGCACGAUCAAGGCCCAGCUCGCCGCGGCUCCACCAGUAAAUCGCAAGCAUUCAACAACCUCCAACCCAACCAAUAAAUUGACAAUCAAUUUUGCUGAUGCUGGCAAGCUGCUACCUGCGACGCGUGCUGCUCCUUAUAACAACAUCCCGUCAAAUGGCAUCAAUGGCCUCCACAGCAUUACAAGAAAGAGACAGAGCGCCGCCCAAAAUGUCCGACCAAAUAAAUCGCGCAGUCUCAUCACAGCCGCUAUUCCAAGCUUUGCUGUACCACCUCUCAUGUUCAUCGGGCUCCUACUCGGUCUGUGGACCUGGAAAUGCUUCUGGAUCAUUGUCAUGCAAAACAAGCUCCUCUACCUCUCCUGGUUACCUCCAUUCACAAGAUCAGAGUCUAUUUCAGAUUACAAGGCUGAGUGCAGACCGGUACUGUGGGAGGAAAAGCAGAUUCGCAGUUUGGAUGGGACCAAAUUGGCUGUUUGUGAGGGUCACAUUCCGGUUCCUCCCAGGGGCCGUGAGUCUGUUUUGAAUACUGGUGCUUCACAAAAUAAAGACCAGGGGAAACUGAUCCCAAAACGGAAAAAGUCCGUUGUGAUCUGUUACUUCCAAGGCAAUGGCGGAUCGACCCCUAUGCGGUUGCCUCUUCUCUCUCAUGUCUUGCGCGCAAUUGCGGAAACGUCUAGAUCGGAUCCAUCUCCUAUGUCUGACUCCAAAGUCUCUCAAUAUACUAUUGCUGCCCUAUCAUACCGUGGUUACUGGACAUCAUCUGGUCGCGCCACACAGUCCGGUAUUGAGAUGGAUGCCCAAGCAUUCUUGAAUUGGGUUUCAGAAACAUAUGCGUCCCCAGAAACUGAUCUUAAAAUUGUGAUUUGGGGACACAGUCUGGGUGCUGCUGUUGCAAGCUCAGCAGUAUCUACGUAUAUUGCCCGCCAAUGUGAGGGGAAAACCUCAAAUACAAGCAGCAACAGGUCCCUGGCGCCUAUUUCCGGGCUCAUUUUGGAGGCGCCGACCUCCAGCGUGAAAGAUAUGCUCAUCAGCCUCUAUCCUCAGAAAUGGCUUCCGUACAGAUAUCUUUGGCCGUUCUCUUGGAAUACCUGGGAUAUCAAGGCGAAGAUGCAACAAAUGGCUUCUUGGAGAGACCAACCGGGGUCUCAAAUCUCUAAUGAAGCUACGGCAUCAAUACCUCGCUCGCUUCCGCCGAUUUUUCUUCUGUCUGCCGAGAAAGAUGAAGUCAUUCCAUCAUACGUACCAGGCCAGUUAGAACAACAUGCCAAAUCUCUCGGCUUGGAGAUUGAGAGGAAAGAUGUUAUGGGUGCUAUGCAUAUAGAGGCACCACUCAAACUGGAUGGUAGGAAAGCAAUGGUGAAAUUCAUCCUAAACGUCACAUCCGUGCCUAGAACAUAA